AUGGCGGGAGGUAGUUGAGGUUGUAGUGUAGGUUUGGUUUGGGUUUUUUUUUUAGGCGGGUAGGAGGUAGGACGGGAAGGAUGGCAGGGGUAGAAUGGUGUGGGUAGAGCUUUCUGCUGAUCUGAGUUUGAGUGUGAGGUUGUUGGAGUGGCAUGAAUACUGGAUUGUUCCUUGAUGUUCGCUGGUGCAGCACAGCCAGACCUGUAUCGAAGUGGAUCUUCAUCACCAGGACCACCUGCUGGUGCAGAGGACAAUCUACCAGAGAACCCCUCCGCUGGAUCGGAGGAUGACCUGGAUGACGACGUCAAGUAUACGGUCGGACCAUCAACAGGAGGUAUUUGUCUGUGAAGUAACUUGUCUUGGAAGAUUAUUUGUUUAUAAGUUUAAAAUCAGAAGAAUAGCUAUCUAUGUGACUGAGUUAAAUGUAAAACUUGUAUUUGUUUAAUUGAAAUAAAACCGGAAAAUGAUAAAUGUAUUUAGUGGCAGAUUUUUAUAAAUGACCCUCUGUCCUUUUAAAUCAAGUGUAAACAGUUAUAUAGCAACUCUUUAUCUGAUGAAAGAAAAAAAAAUAACUGGAUUGAUGAAAGAGGAUAUUCACAAUUGACACAUGUCUUCCUAACCAGGACCCCUCUACUGAAGUGGAGGAUGAACUGGACGACUACGCCAAGGAUACCACGGCCGAACCAACAACAGGAGGUAUUUGUCUGUGAAAAAACUUGAUAUGGAAUAAUUUAAUUUUUUUCAUUAGCUAAAAUAAAUUACAAAAAUGCAAAUGGGACUGAGUUCAAUGUAAGUUGUUUUAUUUUAUUCAGAAAAAACUUGAAAGUGAUAAAUGUUUUUAGCGACAGAUUUUUAAAAAAAUGACCUUCUGUCCUUUUAAACCAACCAUAAGUAUUAUUUAUAAUAGCUCCUUUUAUUUGAUCAAACAAAAAAAUAAGCUACAUUGAUAAAAGAUAUUCCUACUUUACACAUGUCUUCAUCACCAGGACCCCUCCGCUGGAGUGGAGGAUGACCUUGAUGACAAACCCUAAGGAUUCCACGGCGGACCAUCAACAGGAGGACCCCUCUGCUGGAGUGGAGGAUGACCUGGACAACGAUCAAAGGAUACCACGGCCGGAUCAUCAACAUGAGGACCCCUCUGCAGGAGUGGAGGAUGACCUGGACGACGACGUCAAUGGUACCACUGUCAGACAAUCAACAGGAGGACCCCUCUGCUGGAGCGGAGGAUGGCCUGGACGACGACGAAAAGGAUACCAAGACUGGACCAUCAACAUGAGGACCCCUCUGCUGCAGUGGAGGAUGACCUGGACGACGACGCUAAAGAUACCACUGCGGCCGAACCAUCAACAGGAGGACCCCUCUGCUGGAGCGGAGGAUGACCUGGACGACGACGCCAAGUAUACCGCGGCCGGACCAUCAAGAAGAGGAGGACCCCUCUGCUGGAGCGGAGGAUGACCUGCACGACGACGCCAAGGAUACCACAGCCGGACCAUCUACAGGAGGUAUUUAUCUGUGAAGUAACGUCUUGGAAAAAAUUUAUUUCUGCACUAACUCAAUAAAAUUA